UCCUCUCAGUCUCAGUAAUUCAGUAUCACGUAGGUGCGCUUUUGGGUGCGCUUCUUAUAGAAAUUUCUAUAGAGUUGUGGAUUAUACCGUGAAUUCGUAUUUUAAUAUUUUUACCAAAAGUUUAUAUUUUUAUGAGGUUUUUUAAAAAUUUUAAAUAUUAAUCCCUCUCAUGAAAAAAUUUUGUGACUGAACGUGAUAUUGUUUAGUUAUUUACUCUGUGUUUUUUUAACAUAAAAGUUUAACUAUUACAUUGUGAAAAAAUGAAUAGAUCUGGAGUUUUAACCAUCUUUCUAGUUCUACUUUGUACAAGAGGUUUCUCAUAUCCAAGUGAGAAAAAUGUUGACUACGCAGGCGACACACCUGAGGAAGAUGAUGACGAAAUUGCAGCAGAUUCAGAUAUCAAUAUUCCAAAAGAAGAAAACAUUAAACCUAUUCGAUUAAUAUCAAAAGACUCGACUAUCGAAGUUUUUCCUGACGAGCAAAUUAUUUUGCCCUGCGAAACUGUUAACGGAGAUGACCCAGUGGUUACGUGGAAGAGAAAAAUCAAAAGUGCCAACGAACCUGAUGUGUUAUUUUUCGGCGACUCCUCUCUAAUUAACGAUGAAUCUGACAAAAUAAGAAUAAGCAGGACGCACAAUAAUAGUCUUGUCAUUAAGAAUGCUCUCCUUGAAGAUACUGGAACUUAUGUGUGUGAUCUGAAUGUCGCUGCAAAUGGAAAUCAGCCAAAUAAUGUCACAUACACCGUUCGCGUUAGUAAGAACGAACAGACAUUGAAAAUAUCUCCUGGAAAAUCUGUUGUCGUUAAUGAACAAGAGGAUAUAAAAUUGAGUUGCAGUACUGUUAGUAAAGAAGAUCCUGUCUCUCUGAUCUGGUCUCAUGGAAGCCACAAGUUGCACCCAACAUUUAGACAAAACAAAGUUGCUGAAGUUCACAUAAAGCACGCUACCAGGCACCACGCUGGGUUUUAUCAGUGCUUGGCUGAUUUCGGCCCUGGCAAAGAUCCUCUUCAUAAUGUUAUCGAUGUUACAGUGCGAUACGCUCCGGAAGUAGAGGUUUUGCAUGAGUAUGUUCACAGUGGAAUUGGAGAAACUGCCAAUUUAACGUGCGUCGUUCACGCGUUUCCUACUGCCAAUAUCACUUGGUACAAAAAAGAGGGGGAUGUAGCAAAACCAGUUUUUAAUUCAAAUCAUAUCGAUAUUAAAGAUGGUAAACACAUUCACAAUCUUACUUUGAGAGACAUCAAAAAACACGAUUUCGGAAAAUAUCUUUGUAAAUCGAAUAAUGUUUUGGGAUCUCAUCAGAAAGAAGUAGAACUUACAGGAUCUCCCUCAAGAGCCAGAUUCUUUGAACGAUAUUUAAAAAAUGACGAUAAGACCAUUGUUCUCAAAUGGGAAGUUGAAAGUUUCUCACCAAUUACAGCUUACGAGUUGAGGUAUCGGAAAAAUCAGGACAACAACUGGAUAGUAGAGAAGCCGAAAGUUAUUUCCAAAUAUGAAACCAAUAAAUAUAUUGCAGAGGACUCUAUUCACAAUUUGGAACCUGAUACUUACCAUUUCGAACUUAGAUCACAAAAUAAAUUCGGUUGGUCUGAGUAUUCGAUAACGCAAUCCAUUGAAGGACCAAUGCCUUUGAUGUCAAAUGACAUAGAAAGUGGCCUUGAUUUGCGAAAAGCUGGAAUUGGAUCAGUUGCUGGAGCAUCAUCUUCACAACCGAUAAUGUUUUUAGUAACAUUACUUCUAGUCGUGUCAGUGUUUUGCAAAAAUUUGUAAUUCUUUAAACUACGUAGGUAAAUUGCUUCAGCCAAAGCAUACUAUAGCAACGAACGGUCGAUUAUUUUUUUAAAAGAAUAUACCUACAAUGGGUGUUUUCCAUCACUUUUGCUGGAAUAAUCGUCUUAGAGAAGCAGCAUAUAUUUUUCAUAUAAUUGAAAACGCAGCAGUUUUUAGAAUAACAUCUUGUAAAUAAAUCCAAAUAGUACGAUAAAUUUUCGUAUUGCGUCCAUGUAUAUUUUAGCUUUUACUUUAUUGAUAUAUAUAUAUAUUUAAACAAGUGAAAGAUUAUAUAUAAUAUAUAUAUACUCUAGAAACUUAUUUUAUUCUUUGAUUUUAAAACGUUCGAAUUAUCACUUUUUACAAUGACCAAUUUUUAAUUUUGGUUUUCUUCAGUCGUAUUAUUUAUUUGAUCAUACUUACAUUUUAAGAUUGUUCACUGAUGUAAAAGAGAAUAAUUAAAAAUAAUUCUCUUAUUACAGUAUCUUUUAAGUUCAAUAUUGGUUUUUAAUUUCUUAAAUUUUGUCACUACGAUGGAUAUAGAAGAAGCUAGUUUUUUUUGGUCUUAAUAUGUAUCAAGUGCCUUUUUAUGAAAGUAUUCGGUUUACAUUCAACAAGCAGUGUCACUUUUACUAGGUGUGCCAUUAAUUUUUAUACAUAACUAUAUGCAUAACUUUUGAAAUAAGAAUCUAUGACUUUACUGCCUUAAUUAGUGUCUUUUUCGAUGAUUUAAAUUUAUUGAUUAAACUCUCCUGCGGUUUUCUCUAUUAUUUCAUACAGUUAUGUGCAAUUUUGUAAAUAUUUAUUUUGAUCUUUGUCAUUUUAUACUACUAGAACCAAGCAAUAAAUUUCUUUUAAAGUUUCUAUUAUAUUGUAUAUUUAGAACAAACCGUAGGGCAGUUAAAAAUAAAGUAUAUUAAUUGGUUGGUCUUUUUUAAAAAGUAUAGAACUUGUACUUCUACAGCUAAGAUUCAAUAAGAUUAUAUUUUUAGUAUAAUGUACAAUCUUAUUAAUAUUACGUUCAUAAAUUCUGCACUUAGAAAAAAUAAUUAAUCAUUAAUAGACUCUACCAACUUUAUUGUUGUCUUAAAUGUACGCUUCCAUUUUUCAGGAAAUUUAUCAAAUACUUAUUUAGACUUAUGACGUCGAAAAGAAUAAAAUUACAAUUAGACUUAUAUUCUAGAAUUAAAUUCUAGAUGUUAAAUAAAAGAGAAUUAUUGUAUUAGAAUACAAAUUUUAAUUGUAGAUAGAUAAUUACAAAAUACAAAAGAAUUAAUUUUUUACACUGCAGUUUCAAAUAAUAAAGAAUAUUUUUAUUAAGAAAACCUGAAAAAUAUAUACAAGUAUCUCAUAGUAUUCACAACAAUAUAGUCUACAUACACAAACAUUAUUAUUAUUAUUAUUAUUAUUAUUAUUUUGUAAUUUAUUUUUGUAUGCUUGUUCCUUGAUGUCUUGAUAUCUUCCGAUUAUAUGAAAUAUUGUAUAACAUUAUUCAUUUUUAGAUACAUAAAUAAAAAUAAAUUUCAAAAAGUUUCUUUCAAAAUGAAUCUGAUAAAAUUAUUGUAUGUUAUCCAAGACAUUUAAUGUAAUAUUUGUGUGUAUGACUGUGUGACACGUAUUAUAAAUUUAAUUUGGCUAAAAUUAUUAUUUGGUACGUUAAUUUUAAGCACAGAAAUUAAUAUAAAUUACGCUACAACCAUGCUUCAUAUAGCUUCUGUUUAGAGUAUAUUUAUUACACAUUUGCAAUUUUAUAUGUAGAAUUGAAAUUAGUGCAGUUUAGGUCUGAUGUCGAUUAAGAGUUUCUUGUGUACUAUUUUUGUAAAUUAUAAAAUAAAGAAAGAAAGAAUAUAUCCGCA